AUGAGUUCAGAGAAUCCAACAGCUGACCAUCUCGCCAGCCCGGGAGAUGACCAUGCGAAACACCCCAGAAAGCUAAUCUUUGCACCGGGUGACAUCCAAGUACCGACCCCCAAUGAUCAAACAACGCCUCCCCACAAACCGGACGCAGCUACACCUGCCAAUAUUUCUCGACUCGUCGCUGAGGCCCUUCGGUCGGAGACCUCCACGCCCAAUUCCGUUACCGAAAACCAGAUCGUCUCCCACCCCGCUCGCGCGCAUCAGUUCGUGACCAACCCACCGCUCACUGUCUCCCAGAUGCACCCCACCAAUCCGCUUCAUCAGUUCCACACCUGGUUCCGCGACCCACGAUUGUCUGCAUCGUCGGCCCCGGAGACAUGCACGCUGGCCACGGCGUCUUUGCCCUCUGGCCGGGUGAGCGCGCGCGUUGUAUAUCUGAAGGAGCUUGACGAGCGGGGCUGGGUAGUCUACAGUAACUGGGGCAGUCGGCAAGGGAAGGGCGCACAGGUCUUUGGUACUCAAGCAGACGGAGACAGCGUCCUGGGUGCCAUGCCCGAGCCCGGUGUAGAUGACGACGGUAUGCCGCAAGGCAACAAAUGGGCAGCCCUCACAUUCAGCUGGGGAACUACCGAACGGCAGGUGCGUAUCGAAGGUCUCAUUGAACCCCUUAGCCGCGAAGAGAGCGAACUGUACUGGAGGACCCGCGAACGGGGUAGCCAGAUUGGCGGCUGGGCCAGCUGGCAGAGCAAGGUGCUCUGGUCCGCAGAGCCGGACAGUUUGAUCGAACGGCGGCGGAAGAGCCUCGCGCAGGAUGUCUUCCCCCAGGCUAUUCCGGGUGACGUGGAUGAAACGGACAUCGAUGAUGGCCGGGCGCUCCUAGAGAAGCGAGUGCGGGAAAUGGAGGAGAAAUUUGCCAACACGGAGCAGAUCCCAUUGCCUCCAUUCUGGGGCGGCGUGCGUCUGGUACCGGAGUCGGUAGAGUUCUGGCAGGGACGGCGCAGUCGACUACAUGAUCGGUUCCGGUAUGUGAGGGUGCAUGACCCGCAGAGUGACUCGUAUAAAUGGCGGAUUGAACGGCUUUCGCCUUAG